CUCGCAGCUUGCUGGUGGAGCUCGGAGGUGGCGGGAGCGGGUUCCGGCGAGCGAGAGAGCUCUGGGGCGGGGCGGGAGAAAGUGGCGGCCAGAGGACCUCGGCGGUGACGCGUGGCCGAGCCCAGGAGUCCCGAUCUACGUGCCCGCCCGCCUUCGUGAACCGCUGGCCGCCGGCCCAGGGGUCCCCCCCCCCGCAAGCGGCCCCGCGCCGAGUCCGCCGUCCCGCGCCAGCCCGGGCGAAGUGGGAAUCGCGAUCGCCCCGUGCCCCGCGCCUGUAGUCCCCCGAUCGCCCAUGGCCACGCGGGUGCUGACCAUGAGCGCCCGCCUGGGACCCGUGCCCCAGCCGCCGGCCACGCAGGACGAGCCGGUGUUCGCGCAGCUCAAGCCGGUGCUGGGCGCUGCGAACCCGGCCCGCGACGCGGCGCUCUUCCCCGGAGACGAUCUGAAACACGCGCACCACCACCCGCCUGCGCAGCCCGCGCCGCCGCCCGCCGCCGGCCCCCGGCUGCCCUCGGAGGAGCUGGUCCAGACAAGAUGUGAAAUGGAGAAGUAUCUGACCCCUCAGCUCCCUCCAGUUCCAAUUCCAGAGCACAAGAAGUACAGACGAGACAGCGCCUCGGUGGUCGACCAGUUCUUCACCGACAGUGAGGGCCUACCUUACAGUAUCAACAUGAACGUCUUCCUGCCCGACAUCACUCACCUGAGAACGGGCCUCUACAAAUCCCAGAGACCGUGCGUAACCCAGAUCAAGACAGAACCUGUUACCAUAUUCAGCCACCAGAGCGAGACGACCGCCCCUCCUCCAGCCCCGACCCAGGCUCUCCCUGAGUUCACCAGCAUAUUCAGCUCCCACCAGACCACAGCUCCCGAGGUGAACAAUAUCUUCAUCAAACAAGAACUUCCUACACCAGAUAUUCAUCUCUCUGUCCCUUCCCAGCAGGGCCACCUGUACCAGCUGUUGAAUACACCGGAUCUAGACAUGCCCAGUUCCACAAACCAGACAGCGGUAAUGGACACCCUUAAUGUUUCGAUGUCGGCCGCCAUGGCAGGCCUUAACACACACACUUCUGCUGUGCCGCAGACUGCGAUGAAACAGUUCCAGGGCAUGCCCCCUUGCACAUACACCAUGCCAAGUCAGUUUCUUCCACAGCAGGCCACUUACUUUCCCCCGUCACCACCGAGCUCAGAGCCUGGAAGUCCUGAUAGACAAGCUGAGAUGCUCCAGAAUUUAACUCCACCUCCAUCCUAUGCUGCUACAAUUGCUUCUAAGCUGGCAAUUCACAACCCGAAUUUACCUGCCACUCUGCCGGUUAACUCACCAAAUAUCCAACCUGUCAGAUACAAUAGAAGGAGUAACCCUGAUCUGGAGAAAAGACGCAUUCACUACUGCGAUUAUCCGGGCUGCACAAAAGUUUAUACAAAGUCGUCUCAUUUAAAAGCUCACCUGAGGACUCAUACGGGUGAGAAGCCCUACAAGUGCACCUGGGAGGGCUGCGACUGGAGGUUCGCGCGGUCGGACGAGCUGACCCGCCACUACAGGAAGCACACGGGUGCCAAGCCGUUCCAGUGCGGGGUGUGCAACCGCAGCUUCUCACGCUCCGACCACCUGGCGCUGCACAUGAAGCGCCACCAGAACUGAGCACUGCCAACCGCCAGCCCGCCCGCCCGCCCGCCGCCUCGCAGUCCGCUCCGCCACCCUUUACACCGCAGAUCUAACUUCAUAAAAAAAGAGAGAAAAGGAGCAAAAGAACUGGAAAUGUAUAUUUUGUUUAUUUGAGGCCACAGGGAAUACAUUGUAUUAAUACCAAA